GAGCAAGCGAUCACAGUUUUUGGAACAGCUGCAUUUUUUCCAUCUCAAAUGCACAUCUCGAGAUAUGCCCUGUGUUCAGGCCCAGUAUGGCCCUGCCCCUCCUGGGUCCAGUUACUCUGCCCAGUCCUUUGGUUACCACGGAGACUACAGCUCUGACCUAAUGACCACGGACUACGCCAAGUGUGACCUCGGAGGGGGCGAGAUCUCAGCGGCGGCCGCCACCACUUCUCUGCCGAGCUUUAACGUUUUCGUGGAGGGCGGCUUUGAUCCCAAACCCUCCUGCCUGUAUCAGCUUCCUCCUCAGCGUCCAAUCAUAAAGAAGGAGGAGGAGUCCUACCCGCCAAUGGGACAGGCCGACGACGCUAUGGCCGGCGGCUCAAUGUACUUUAAGCAGUCCCCGCCUUCCACGCCCCCUACGCCGCUACCCCCUGGCCCCCACGGGACCUCAUUUCUGUGGGAUGACCCUCACGGUCUGCCCCCCGUCCCUCAACCCUGUCUGAUGGAGGGGCCGUUGAAGAGCCCUCGAUUCCCGCACUUCUACGAGCAGACGCAGCCCGGCGUCCCCGCCGCCUCCGGUUACGACGCGGGCAUGGGCCUGCCCCUGAGACCGGAACGUUCUCCCUCGUCCGCCGCUGCCCCGCACCCAGCCGGCCUUGACGCGCCGACGCACACGCACGCGCACACGCACACGCACACGCACUCCCACAUGUACUCGCUGAGCAUGGGGAAGCCGAGCGGCCUGCCGUUCCGCUCGCUGGGAAUGGGGCCCUGCCCCCCCACGCUCCUGGGGGAGAGUUUGCCUUCACCCCCGAGCCGGUCCAGCUCCGGCGAGGGCACGUGCGCCGUGUGCGGAGACAACGCAGCCUGCCAACAUUACGGCGUUCGAACCUGUGAGGGCUGCAAAGGGUUUUUUAAGAGGACAGUGCAGAAGAAUGCCAAGUACGUGUGUUUGGCCAGUAAAAACUGUCCCGUGGACAAAAGAAGACGCAAUCGCUGCCAAUAUUGCCGCUUCCAGAAGUGCCUCAGCGUAGGCAUGGUGAAGGAAGUUGUGCGCACAGAUAACCUGAAAGGGAGAAGAGGUCGCCUGCCAUCCAAACCUAAAAGCCCCCUUCAACCGGAGCCCUCCCCCCCAUCACCCCCCCUCAGCCUGAUCAAUGCCCUGGUCAGGGCGUACUCCCAAUCCACUCCCAGAGACCUGGACUACAGCCAGGUACCAGCCUGUUUCAGCGCGGUGGAACCGGUGGUGCUGUCGGACGCCCAGCAGAUUCAGUUGUUCUACCGCGUGUUGACUGCCUCCAUGGAGGUGACGCGCUGUUGGGCGGAGAGACUGCCCGGAUUCGCUGAGCUUCACCAUGACGACCAGAAUCUCCUAAUAGACUCCGCCUUCCUCGAACUGUUUGUCCUUCGACUCGCCAACAGGUCGCUGUUGGCAGAGGAUAAGUUUGUGUUUUGUAACGGCCUGGUUUUACACAGGUUGCAAUGCCUGCGUGGUUUUGGAGAAUGGCUGGACUCCGUAAGAGACUUCAGCGCCCAUUUACAAAACCUAAACCUGGACCUGCCUGCCUUCUCCUGUCUAUGUGCUUUAGUGCUACUUACAGAGCAAUGCCCUGGACUGAAGGAGCCCAAGAAGGUGGAAGAAUUGCAGUCGAAACUUAUUUGCUGUCUGCGUGAUCACCUGAGUUCGGGCGGGGCAACGGGGGUGGCCGCGGCGGGCAAGGCCCCGCCCCAAGUGAGUGCCGUAUUAGGCAUAAGGGCGGAGCUUCGGUCUCAGCGCACACAGGGCCUGCAGAGGAUCUUUUACCUGAAGCUGGAAGACUUAGUCCCGCCCCCACCGCUCAUUGACAGAUUCCUGGACACUCUGCCUUACUGA